GGUCGAACCAAAUAUAAAAAUAUUAUCUUAGUUCCACUACCAGCAUUCAUUGAAUUCAAGUUGCUCUGGAAUAGCAACAAUGCACAUAUAGAUAAACACAGUGGAAUUCUGGAAGAAGCCUAAAGAGUGGAAACUAUGAAUAUAUACACUUUCAGUUAAAUCAAGAUUAGCUAGGUGUAUGUCUCUGGAGUGGGUUGGUAUAAUAAACUGCUUUAACAUGAUUUUUAUCAUCAUAUAUAUUCAGUUUCCCCAAUAAGCUAGCCAUCUAAAUCCUAUCAAUCUUCUUAAAUCAGUGUUCUUCCGUAUUGAAAUAAUCAUCACUAGGUGCUAAGAGUGAUAUGGCAAUCAUCGAUCACCGCUACUUGCAGCCGUUCGUGAGUAUUGCAGGCUUACUAGCUCUGUUAUCCUUCUUCUAUUGUAUUUGGGUCGAUAUUAUAAGACCAAGGAAUAUCAAAACCAGCUUAGACGAACGCAGUUUAUCACCAGCAUCUCCACCUGAAGUUGCAGGUGCUUGGUCGAUAGUAGGCCAUCUUCCUCAGCUUAUAGGAUCUACACCUCUAUUCAAGAUCCUUGCUGACAUGUCUGACAAGUAUGGACCUAUUUGCAUUGUCCGAUUUGGUAUGUAUCCGACACUGGUAGUGAGCAGUCGGGAGAUGUCUAAAGAAUGCUUCACCACCAACGAUAAGUUAUUCGCUACCCGUCCUCCUAGUGCAGCCGGGAAGUACCUCACUAAAGCCAUGUUUGCCUUUUCAAUGUAUGGUCCUUACUGGCGGGAGAUCCGUAAGAUCUCUACAAUCCAUUUACUCUCACUUAGGCGCCUCGAGUUACUUAAGGAUGGCCGUUACUUAGAGAUCGACAAAUGCAUGAAAAGAUUGUAUGAAUAUUGGAUGGAACACCAUAAGAAGAUAAAGCAGAAUGGUACAACAGCUAGUUCAGUAAAGGUCAACAUGAGCCAAGUGUUUGCAGAACUAUCCUUAAAUGUGGUUUUGAAGAUAAUAGUAGGAAAAACACUGUUUAUUAAAAAUGGUAAUGAAGAUUGCACCAAAGAGGAAGAAGAGGGCCAAAAGCUCCACGAGACUAUCCUAAAAUUCUUCGAACUAGCAGGGGUGUCAGUUGCAUCUGAUGUUCUUCCAUUCCUUGGGUGGUUGGAUUUGGAUGGGCAAAAGAAACAAAUGAAGAGGGUCUCCAAGGAGAUGAACUCAAUCGCUUCAAAGUGGCUUGAAGAGCAUCGAGAGAAAAAAAGACUGCAAACAAGACAAACAAGCGGAGCAGCAAGAGGGAGUAAUUAUGAUGAUGGGAAUGACUUCAUGGAUGUGUUGAUGUCAGUUCUUGAUGAAGAGGAGGAUGAUCUCUUCUUCGGUUACAAUCGAGAUACUGUCAUCAAAUCUACAUGUCAGCAACUUAUAAUGGCUGCUUCGGAUACAACGUCACUUGCAAUGACAUGGGCUCUCUCACUGCUGCUCACCAAUCCUAAUGUCUUACGGAAGGCUCAGGAUGAGCUUGACGCCAAAGUUGGCAAGGACAGGAUAAUAGAGGAAAACGAUAUCGAGUGUCUCGUCCACCUCCAAGCAAUUGUCAAGGAAACACUUCGAUUAUACCCUCCUGGUCCACUCUCCGUACCCCAUGAGGCUAUGGAAGACUGCACUGUUGGUGGGUACAAAGUGAAAGCAGGCACACGCUUAAUAGUUAACCUAUGGAAACUGCAGCGUGAUCCUCGAGUGUGGUCAAACCCGUCAGAGUUUAAGCCUGAGAGGUUUCUUCCAGAGUCAGAUGGUGGUUUUGGUGGUGCAGAAGCAAAAUUCGACUUUAGGGGCCAACAUUUUGAGUACACGCCAUUUGGAUCAGGAAGAAGGAUAUGCCCAGGUAUCGACUUUUUCCUCCAGACAGUUCACAUGGCACUAGCUCGUCUUCUUCAGGCAUUUGAUUUCAGCACAGCCGGAGGACUAGUUAUAGACAUGGCGGAAGGUCCAGGUCUAACCAUCCCCAAAGUAAUCCCGCUUGAAGUUCACCUAAACCCACGUCUGCCAGUCACACUUUUCUAGGCUUAAUACUUGGUAGUGUGUGUUACUAGCGGCAGAGACAGAAUUGAAUUAAAGAGGGGUCAAAUAAAAUUUCACUGUGUGCGUUUCCGCUGUGUGCAGUAAACAAUGAAUAAAUUGGAAACUCUCAUUGCAUUCGUGACUCAGUUCAGUGACUGUAAAUUAUUGCUAAUCACAUAAUUUGAGAAUCACUCCAACAA